ACGAACCUUAAAAUUCAAACGAUCGUUCACUUGAAGUGAAUUUCGAAGUUGAAAAUGGCGGGCUAAUCUCUCUCACUUUCUCUCUCCUCUUUCUAUUUCUCUUUCUUCCCAACUCUUAUGGCUUCCUUCCAUGCCAGACCAGAAGGAACUGUACUCUCAAAGUUGUCGGAGCUUCGAAGAGUUUGUGACAAAGAUAUUGAAAUUCACCAGCAAAAUACUGACUCAAUUUUUGCCUCUUUUGGGAAGUUUCUUCAAUCACACAGAUCCAAAGCUGAAUUAACUGCUCAUAAUCAAGUGAAAUUAGGGAAACUCAAAGUUGAAUUAAGAGAAUUGGAGGAUGAAUUGGUCAGAGCUUUGGCAGUUAAGACACGGAAUGAGGCCAAGCAGAUUGCAAUAACAGACUCCGUUUCUGAAAUAAUUGUAAAGGCAGACGAGCUUCAGAAAAUUGUACAAGAUCAAGCAGCUAGAAAAGAUGAAUAUGCUUCCAUCCUAUCUGAACAGUCAAAAGCUAUUGCUGAAUCUGAAGAGAAUAGUCGGGAAGCUUCUAGGAACAGAGAAGAAAUACAAGAGGCAUUUACAUGGUACAACAGGGUACUUGGUUUCCGUAUUGAUGGAGGACAUGGUGUUACAUUCACAUUUACUAACAUCAACAAAAUAUGUCCAGCUGAGGAGUAUUCUUUCACUGUUCGCCAUGCGAAUGAAAAGUAUACGUUGCUUGGUUCUAAGCCACACUUAAAAGAUAUUGAAGAGUUGGUCCAUGAGUUAAACAAGAGCAAUGGCCUAUUCAGAUUUGUUAGAAUUUUGAGAGAAAAAUUCCAAGCUACAUCAGCAGGGCCAAUGUCUGACUUCAUAUAUCAAGAUCAAGAUUGUACCAGUAUCUCUUUAUCUGCUCCAGUUUCCUCAGGUUCAAUUGAUAGCAGAAGUAAAUCUUCACUCCCACUUAAAGAAGUCAAUGGAGAUACUAAAAAACUUGAUCUUGGAAAAGGCAACAAAUCACCUCAUCUCUUCCUAUCUCCUCGACGCUCGCCUCGUCUUUUGGGUAAAAAACCUAGAGGAGGAUGAACAUAUAUGCUAUCUCCAGAAACUGGGGAAAACAUAAUUUAUGGGAGGGAAUAUCAACUGCUGGUUGGACACAUAAAUGGCAACAUCGGGAAGAUUUGGCUGACGGGUUGUUUAAUGUUUAAUCUAAUUGUAUCUAAUUCUUUUUGCAAUUUUUCUUCUGAAGAGUGGAGACUGCUGCUGCUGCUGCUGCUGCUGCUACAAUGUUUUAAGUUCUUCAACUCCUUUUGUGGUGAGGGUUGUAAGUUGAAUUCCAUAUUGUGUAAAUUUUUGUCCCAUGAUGUGCCUUCUGUUUCUUCUA